CCGUCCGGAACGUCGGGGCCCCACCGCGCUACGGCAGCUGCGCCCGCGCCCUGGCUGUCCUUCUGGGACCCUGAAGCUCUAUUUCCAGAGUCCUCUGUGUGUUUCUAAGAACAGCAGGAAAUGAAUACAUCUCUGUGUUACAACAGCCAAGAUACAGAAAUAACCUAAGUGUCAGUCAUCAGAUGAAUGGAUAAAGCAAAUGUGGGGUUGGUGUCACUUGAGGAUGUGGCUGUGAACUUCACCUGGGAGGAGUGGCAGGACCUGGAUGAUGCUCAGAGGACCCUAUACAGGGAUGUCAUGCUGGAGAACUACAGUAGCCUGGUGUCACUGGGGCAUUGCAUUACCAGGCCUGAGGUGAUCAUCAAGUUGGAGCAAGGAGCAGCACCAUGGACUGUGAAAGAAAAACCCCAGACCAGGGUUUCCCGGUGGAGAAUCACUAUAGAUGUAGCAAAUGGGGGAAUACCUUUUGUAAGAAACCAACACAGAAACCAACACAGAGCUGAUCUCCAGGAGCAACAGCAUAAAUGUAAUCGAAGUGGGAAUAAUUUCUGCCAGAAAUUACAUCCCACUCAGCUUCAGAGAAUUCAGUUAGAGAAAAUGUUUGAAUGUGAUGUAUGCGGUAAAACGUUCUAUAAAAAGUCUAAUCUCACUAAACAUCAGAAAGUACACACUGGAGAGAAACCCUAUGCACGUGAUGAACGUGAGAAAUCCUUCUGCCAUAAAUCAGGCCAUACUAUUCAUCAGAGAAUCCACACUGGGGGAAAGCCCUAUGAAUGUAAGGAAUUUGGGAAAUCAUUCUGCCAGAAUUCAGCCCUCACUGUUCAUCAAAGGAUUCACAAUAGGGAGAGACCUCAUGAAUGCAAUGAUUGUGGUAAAACCUUCCAUAAGAAGUCAGUACUCACUGCACAUCAGAGAACUCACACAGGAGAGAGACCUUAUGCAUGUAAAGAAUGUGGGAAAUCCUUUGGACACCGGCCAGCCCUCACUGUACAUCAGAGAACUCACACAAGAGAUAAACCUUAUAAAUGUAAUGAAUGUGGGAAAUCCUUCUGUGUGAAGCCAAAACUCACUGUACAUCUGAGACUUCACACAGGUGAGAAACCCUAUGAAUGUAAAGAAUGUGGUAAAACUUUCUACCAGAAGUCAAAACUCACUGUACACCAGAGAACUCACACAGGUGAGAAACCUUAUAAAUGUGACGAAUGUCAGAAAACCUUUUGUGAAAAGUCAACCCUCAAUAGACAUCAGAGAACACACACAGGAGAGAAGCCCUAUGGAUGUAAAGAAUGUAGGAAAACUUUCUUCCAGAAGUCAGCCCUCACUGUACAUCAAAGAACUCACACAGGAGAGAAGCCCUAUGAAUGUAAUGAAUGUGGAAAAGCCUUUUGCCAGAAAUCACACCUCAGCAAACAUCAGAGGACUCACACAGAGGAGAAAUCAUGUAUGGCAGAGACUGGCUGGCUGUACACCCAAACUCACUUUCUUUUUCUUUGGGGCACACAGUUAGCCUGCAUUUCUCAGCCUUCCUUUACUGUGGGUGGGACCAUAUAACUGAGCUGUGGCCAGGAGAAUUUGAACACAAGCAAUAAACAUUAAUUCCAGGCCAGGCCAGAAGAAAAAAUACAAAAACCUUCCAUGCAUUCCUGCUGACUUUUUAUGCCCUGUGAUUCUGAAGCGCAAAUCUGCUCCCCACACCCCCACCCCAGUUUGCCUUGGGAGCCACUGGGUGGAGAUGGCAACCAUGACUUAAGACAGAAAAAAUUGAUUAUGAUUAUGGAGAGCAGAAAUUUUCCCAACUCUACCAAAAAAAAUGUUCAGUUGUGCUUUACCUGAGUGAGAAAUAAAUAUUCACUGUUGGGCCCUCCCAUGUGUAAUCUAUUUACAACGCUACCAGUCCACUGUGGCCAGUUCAUUUUAUGAAUUUGAGACAGACUUCUGUGAGAAGUUACCAGUCCUUGUGUAGAAAAUUCACACAAAUUGUGUAGAAAAUUCAACACAAUUCCUUGUGGUGUCAUCUUUCAUCCCCAGUCAAUUGAUGGAAAAAUCAAGUCAUAUGAAGAGACAAAGAAUGCAAGAAAUGUAGGAAUGCCUUUAUCAGGCAGAGACAGCUCAUUGAACACUGAGAAUAAAGUAAAGCCUUAUAAAUA